UCUCCCUAAGAAACUACAAACAAUGCCCCGUUUCCACCAUUAUUAUUAUUAUUAUUAUUGUUCUCUUCUCUUUCCCGCCCUUCUUUCUCUUUCACUUACCCCUUGCUUUUGCUUCCCUCUCAAAUCCUUCAAUGUCUCCAUGUACCAGUCCUAUGAUCUCGAUUGGUCCCCGGCCAUUGCUACCUGGUACGGUACCCCCAAUGGUGCCGGGAGCGAUGGAGGUUCCUGUGGGUAUGAAAAAGCGGUCGAGGAACCACCAUUUUCGUCGUUAAUCGCCGCAGGUGGCCCUUCUUUGUACAAAUCCGGCAAAGCCUGUGGAGCUUGUUAUCAGGUGAAGUGCUCCGGAGAAGGUGCAUGUUCAGGGAGUCCGGUGACGGUGGUUAUAACUGAUAGUUGUCCGGGCGGCUCCUGUGCUUCCGACUCUGUCCACUUCGACCUCAGUGGCACUGCUUUUGGUGCUAUGGCUGCUCCUGGGCGGGCCGAUGAACUCCGCAGUCUCGGCGUUUUGCACAUUCAACAUAAGAGGGUGGAAUGCAAUUACCCGGGAACCUCGAUCAACUUCAUCGUGGACUCAGGGUCGAACCCAAACUACUUCGCAGUUCUGAUCGAAUACGAAGAUGGAGAUGGAGAGCUAGGUUUAGUGGAGCUGAAACCGGCGCUCAACUCGUACUCAUGGAUUCCAAUGCAGCAGUCAUGGGGUGCAGUUUGGAAGCUGGACUCUGCUUCUGCGCUUCAACCUCCCUUCUCCCUCAGGCUCACUGCCCUCGGCUCCGGCAAGACCGUGGUGGCUAACAAAGUAAUUCCGGUCGGGUGGCAGCCCGGACAGACUUAUAGAUCAGUGGUCAACUUCGAUACAUAAUUGAGAAAACUAAUGCAAUAGUAGCAAUCAUAGUAAUAGUAAGCAGUAUGAGUAUGAGAUGUUGCGUAAGAGAAGGAAAAUAUGCAAUCAGCCGGAAGUCAACUUAUUUAGUAGAGUAAAGACUUUCUGGUUUUGUGACAUUGCAUGAGCUAUAUACAAAUAAAUAUCCUUCCUAUGAUAUACUUUAGUUUCACUCACGUCUAAAACAAAAAAUUUGAAUCUACACAUCCCCCAAAGGUUUGAAAAGCUUUUACAACACACAUAUGGCCCAUCCUCUUACCUCUUUCGGCUAGUAAUUUUCCGUUUCUCGUUUGCUUGCUUGAUUUAUUUAUUAUUAUUAUUGGUACAAAAAUAAAUAAAUAAAUAAAGGUCUUAACUAUUGACAACAUUCAUUGCCCGAUCCGCAUUCCAACACACACGUAUAUAUAUAAAUAUUUACAGAACCCAUUGCUAUUACAAAGAAGACCUUUCUAAAUUACAAACCACCCUGAACAAAUGCCUGUUA